GCGGUCGACACUAUGUAUUGGUUAAGCAUCACGUGAUUGGCUAUAACACUGAUGGCUAUUAUUGCUAAGCAUUGGCUAUACUAUACUACUGUAUAUUGUAUUGAAUGUGUGAUACAUAUACUGUAUAUACUGUACUAUAGUGUAUAUAGAGAGCGCUUUUUCAAUGCUAAAAGUGAUGUCUCUUUGUAUGCAUUGAUGUGUUAUAUGACUGAACCCAUUGUCGCACCAAAACUAGUGCUCAAAACCAAGCAAUCAAACAAAGGAUAUCAAGUAUUGACUAAAAAGACUACAGUAGUAGUACUACUCAUCCAACUGAUUGUCCACUACUUCACCGAAAAAAUUAUCUUCCGGUCAUUGGUUUAAUUAAUUCAUCGAUAAUGAGUGACACAGAAGUAUUGCCGGUAGAGUCGCAAAGUAAUGGCGCCAAACGUGGCAGAGGUAGACCUAAGAAGGAUCCACACGCUGUCAAAGUGGCAAAGGUUAUUGUCAAGACUACCACAACCACCAAUGGAACCAAUGGUGAUGUUGCCCGACGAAGAGGUCGUCAACCAAAGGCAGCAACUAUCGAGACAUCGCCGGUCGCCACAACUAAAGCAAGUCCUUCGCGCGCCAAACGUGGUCGCGGAAGACCACCCAAAAAGUCGCCUAAAAAGUCAACCAAAGGCUCUGCUGCCACCGGAACCGGCAAAGGAAGAGGUCGACCAAAGAAAGUCGUUGUCGAUGACGAGUCAGCCGAUGAUGAAAUGGUUCCACAAGACAGCAAUGAAGAUGAAGAAGACGAAGAACACAACGGCACUGAAGAUUAGUAGCUAUUAUAAUACAUCACAUGCUUUGUGUAUAACAUUAUACUAUAUAUCAUUUGAAUGAUUGGUAUAACCAUUUGAUGUCAACCAAACAAUAAUUCAUUUACUUAAUUAAGAUCUCUUCCAAUAAUUUUUUAUUUAAAUAAUUAACAUUUGUAUUAGUUUUUCAAAAAACGGGAGUUUAAAAAAAUACUCUCAUUUUGUUUUUUCAUUGUUCACACAAAAUAAGUCAUUUAUAAUUGCGAUACUUAUUAUGUUUUUUUUAAUCAACUUAAAGUUGAAUCCAUUAUUAUUAUUUUUUGUUUUUAAAAUUGUUUUUAUUAUUUUUUUAAAUUUAUUAUUAUUAUUAAUAUUUAAAUUACAAUCAAUAUUUUUACCGUACAUUUAGUGUCUUUGAAAAUUGCAACGAUUCCAUAAAAUUUUUAAACUACAGUAAUUGAUAGCAUUAACAAAAAACAAGUCGUUGUUUUUUUAAAAAAAAAGUAUUGUAUUAAAUGAGUGUUAAUGUUAUUAAUUUUUAGUUUUAUUUAAUAUAAUAAUAAUAAUAAUAUCAUUUGUAAUCUCAUUG